AUGACAGAGAUACAGGCGAAAGACUCAAUAACAAAAUAUGAUGAUACAAUAAAAAUUAAAAAUUAUUCAACUUCUUUUAAUUUAAUAACAAAUGAUAAAAUUCCAGAUUUAAGAAAUUUAAAAUAUAAAACAAAUACUGAUCAUUUAAAUUGUCCAAUAUGUCAACAACCAUUUAUAAAACCUUUAACUACUAUAUGUGGACAUACUUUUUGUAAAGAAUGUAUUUAUGAAUGUUUAAAAUCACUUAAUAAUAACUCAAACAACAACAAUAACAACAACAAUAAUAAUAAUCUUAAUAGCAAUAAUGAAAAUCCCAUAGGUUAUUGUCCACUAGAUCGAACUCCAAUAGAUUCAGCAAAUAUAAAUGAUUUAUUUCCAACUCCUUUGAUAGUAACGAAUUUAAUAGAUGAUUUAAAAGUUUAUUGUUUAAAUUAUGAAAGAGGCUGUGAAUGGUUUGGUAGUAGAUGGGAAGUUGAACAUCAUGUUUUGGAGAAAUGUCCAUAUACUGGAGUUGUUUGUAAUGGGAAACGAUUAAUUGUUGAGGAAGAAGAUGAAGUUGAAAGUGAAAAAGAAGAAGAUGAGGAAGAAGGACAACAGAAAGUAGAGGAAGAAGAAGAUAAGAAAGUAGAGGAAGAACAAAAGAAGACAAAAUCAAUUUGUUGUAAACUAAUAGUGGAAAGAAGACAUUUUGAAAAUACAGAAUUAAAUGAAUGUGUUCAUAAACUAUAUAAAUGUGAAUUUUGUGAUGAACAAAUUACUAAAAUUACAGAAAAAUCUCACCUAGAGUCUGAAUGUUUAUAUAAUCAUAAAACUUGUAAAUUAUGUGAUAAUGAUUCAAUACCUGAAAAAAAUAUGAUAAAACAUCAAGAAAAUUGUAUAAAAACUGGUAAAUUAAAAUGUCCAGCAAAUGAAAUUGGAUGUUCAUGGAUUGGAUCAAAUGAAACAUCAUUAGAAAUUCAUUUACAAAAUGGAAAUUGUCAAUUAUUUCAAUUUUUACCAUUUUAUAAAAAUUUGAAUGACAAAGUAAGCUCACUAGAAACUGAAAAUAAUUUUUUACAAAAUCAAAUUAAUAAAAUUUUAGAUUCUAUAAUACAAGGUAAAAUAACAAAUUUAGGAUAUAAUGAAAAUAUAGAAGAAAUAAAUAAAAAUUUUCAAUUUAGCAACAACAAAAACCUUGAAGAUCAAGAUAAAUUAAUUUAUUUAAAUUUUGAAAUUGAUAGAUUAAAAUUUGAAAUAAAUGAAAAAAUUUUACCAAUUAUAAAAAAAUUAAAAUUAAAUGAACAAGAUAAUAUGAUUAAAAAUUUAAUUAAUGAUAAUUUUAUAAUGAGAGAAGAUAUGAAUUUACAAAGAGUUAUGAUUAAUAGUUUAAGAAAACAAUUACAAUUUAUGUUAUUUUCAAGAAAUAGAAUUGGAAAUAAUAAUGUUAGCAACAAUAAUAAUGGUAGUGGUUAUGGAUUUAAUGGAAAUUUUGGAUUUCAACCACAUAAUGGAGAUGACUUAAUGAUGAUGAUGCCAGAAAUGUAUGAAUCUACUUCCAGAAGUAGUUCAGAAGAAAGAUUAAAUUUAAAAUUAUGA